GGUUCGCUGCUGCAGGUGGUGGCGGUGGUGGAGAAUGGCAGGUCUGAGGAAAAACCAUGGACUGAAGACAGCGGCUGAGGGGGACUGAGGAACACAUCAUGACACACCACUCUCAUGACUGUACAGUAAAUACGAAGCCACAGCCAGCAACUGAUUAAACUGCAUUCAUUUACAUAAUAUAUCUCUUUUGUUUCAAACAUGAAAACAUUUGCAGUCCACCACAGAACAGUUUUACAUGUUACGCAUUGAACACACAAGGUAUAAGGUGUUAAUCAGUGAUCUUCAGAGGUUGGUAGAUGGACUUUGUUUCCUUUGGACAGAGCCAGUCCAACUGUUCCCCCAUUUCCAGUCUUUAAGCUAAGAUAAGCUAACCAGCUGAUGUCUGUGGCUUCAUAUUUACUGUACAGAUGUGAGAACAGGAUCAAUCACUUGGCAAGAAAGCGAUGAAGUGUAUUUCUGAUAAUGUGCAACUGUUCAUUUAAAACCAGAUGGAGAUGUAAUACACCUGCAGAGUUUUCUGAGCUGGUCUCGGAUCAGCAACAGGACUCUUGCAGGAUUACAGGAACAUUUCCUCGUUGCGUCUGUCAGUGGGACGUUUUACAUGGAUUUUUCCCAGCUGUGACGGAUUUGAACUUUCAGGCUGAAUCCUGGAAAAAACAAAGCUGUUUUUCUCUACAAGGAUGUCAUUGUGUGAGACGCAAUGUGACACAGAUGAUGCUAUUGUGGCCCUUGCCAUGUUGAGAGGGAGGCCAGCUCUCGAGGUUGUGUUUCUGUGUUUUGUCUGUGUGCUCUCCCUGAAACCACAACCGGAUGCCAGAAUCUGUUCCCAAGACAUCAUCCUCAGGGUGGAGUUUCUCAUCAAGAAAGCCCCCAACUUGAAGUGGUUGAACAGCAGACUGUACACGCCCAAUCUCACAGACUACCAGCAGAAGUGCCCCAGCUCCACCUUCAAAUGUUUUGCUGCUGAAAUUAAAGUCCUCACCGAUGAGUGGAAAACCUUCGAUAAUAUUCCCAAAUUCAAACUGAACAUCUUGCUUGGGGAACUUGCGACGUCCUUCAACCAGACAGAGUCAGAGUGUCGUCAGUGUGAGCUGUUCAAGGAGCAAAAUGCAGAAAAGUUCCUCAAAGAUCUUCUUUCCACUCUUCAGUUUAUAAACGAGCAGUACUGUUAACUGCUCAACAAAGCUCCCCCAAAGGACAUUUCGAAGGGACCUCAUGGCCACAUUUCCUCUUAAUAAACUCUUUAUAUCACCUGAGCACAAA